GGAAACAAACAGUGCGACUGGCCGUGCAUGAGCCCCUGAAACAGCAACUGAACAACUGGGAACCCCACCACGUUGCCUCCGCACACGCACCGGAGCUCUCAGUGGAGGUUUCAUAGCAACCCGACCUGGAACAUCCCCGCCAACUCACCAGCUAGGAACCAACACUAGCACCUGCCUCCAUCACCCGUCGCGCCGCCAUUUCGACCUUCACCGAGUAAACAAAACAAACAACGAGAGUAUCAGGAACACCGACCCAGAAAACACCGUCAAGAUGGCGACCGCAGACCCCUUUGAUUCCGCCCUCGACCUCCUCCGCCGCCUCAACCCCAAACACACGGCCGAGCACCUCAACAACCUCAUCACCCUCGCCCCCGACCUGACCGAAGACCUUCUCUCCUCCGUCGACCAGCCCCUGACCGUCAAGCGCUGCAAGCAAACCGGCCGCGACUACCUGCUAUGCGACUACAACCGCGACGGCGACAGCUACCGCUCGCCAUGGAGCAACCAGUUUGACCCCCCUCUCGAGGGCGGCAAUCAGGGCGGUAGUGGAGGAGAUGGUGAAGGUGAUGGGGGAGAAGGUGGUGCUGCGGGAUCAAUCAUGCCUGGCGAGAGGGUGAGGAAGAUGGAGAUCAAGGCCAAUGAGGCGUUUGAUGUGUACAGGGAGCUGUAUUAUGAGGGCGGUGUUAGUUCGGUGUAUUUCUGGAAUUUGGAUGAUGGGUUUGCGGGGGUGGUGUUGUUGAAGAAGUCCUCCCCAACCAACCCCUCCUCCUCCGGCGUCUGGGACUCCAUCCACGUCUUCGAAGCCUCGGAGCGCGGCCGCACCUCCAACUACCGCCUCACCUCGACCGUCAUCCUCUCGCUGGCCACCAAGGGCAACACGCUCGGCGAGGUCGAUCUCUCGGGUAACAUGACGCGCCAGGUCGAGCAGGACCUGCCCGUCGAGAACGACGAGAGCCACAUUGCCAACAUUGGCCGCCUGGUGGAGGACAUGGAGCUCAAGAUGCGCAACCUGCUGCAGGAGGUCUACUUUGGCAAGGCCAAGGAUGUCGUGGGCGAUCUGAGGAGUGUCGGAUCCCUGAGCGAGGGACAGAGGGAUCGCGAUGCGCAGAUGGAGAUUAUUGGGAGUAUGAGGAAAGCGUAAGCCAGCCACUUGAGGUGGCUGCGGUGACAAGGGGAAAUGGUGGCAAAGCGAGCGGAAUGCUAUUGCAGUGCGAUUAGCAGGCGUAUUUGAAACGUAUUUUUGAGAGAGGACGGCGAACAUGUUUCUGCUAGGUAUACUCAUAUCUCUCUAAGCAAAUUCUAGUAAUAAUUCAUCACAAAGUUGUCCA